UACUGUCUUCUCUUGCAGCAAAUCCUGAACCACAUUCUGGACCACAUUGAGUUCUUCGUGACCAAACUGCAGAAAGCAGCUGAGGCCUUCAACGAGCUCUCCAAGAGGAAGAAAUCUAAAAAGAACAAGAAGAAGGGACCCGGAGAGGGAGUGCUAACACUGCGAGCCAAGCCUCCCACUCAGGAGGAUUUUGUUGACUGUUUCCAGAAGUUCAAACAUGCCUUCAACCUGCUGGGGAAGUUGAAGACCCUCAUCCAGAACCCCAGCGCUGACGACCUGGUCCACUUCCUGUUCACACCACUCAGAAUGGUGAUCCAGACCUCUGGAGGGACAGAGCUGGCUAAGAGCGUGGUGGUUCCUCUGUUGACCAGAGAGGCUAUAGACUUCCUGCACUCAGCUGGGACGGCCGAGGAAAGACACCUGUGGGUUGCCCUGGGGGAGGGGUGGACCAAGUGCAGGUUGGAGUGGCCUAAGGGCCACUACUUCCCUCCGUGUACGCUGCAGUUCCGUGACGGUUGGGAACCUCCCAUGAUGCCGUUCGUCCCCCAAUCACGAGAGGCAGAGCUGAAUCACCUGACCCAGACCCUCGCCCACUCGGAGAUCCUUAGACAGGAGGAGAUGGUACACAGGCUGUCUACUGAGCAUCCGGGUGUACAGGACUUCCCGUCUUCACAAGGGAACUACGAGGCCAACGGCAGCAGAGGUCAGCCAAAACUGUUUGCCAAAUCCAAGUAUGACUUUGUGGCCAGAAACAACACAGAGCUGUCAUUGGUGAAGGACGAGGUUGUGGAGGUGCUGGAUGACAGGAAGCAGUGGUGGAAGGUGUGUAACUGUUCCGGGGCGUCUGGCUAUGUGCCAAACAACAUCCUGGAUGUCACCAAGGCUGUGGACGUCACUGUGCGGGGGGAACCCAUCUAUAGCCAUACUAUACAGAAACAGCGGACGGACUACGUCCCCAAACCCAUGGCCACCCCCAUGCCCCCCAUCCCUACACCCCUCCCUCCUGCCCCUCCACGUCUCCCCACCCCUCCCCUGCCCCCCCCGGCCGAACCCCCUCGGCCCCCGCCCAGUACGGUGAGCAGACAGAGCAGCAACACCUCCAGCGACGCCGGAAGCAUCCCAGGCAGCGUCACCAUGAGAGACCACCCAAACCAGAGGCCCCUGCCAGUCAACCGGAGGAAGUCCAACAUGGAGGAGGUUCAGGAUGAGUUGAUGCAUCGCCUCACGUUGGGUCGAAGCGCCAACAAGAAGUUUGCUGUUCCUGCUCGCAGCACCUCCCUCCCGUCCGUCAACGUCACAUACGACUCCUCCCCUGACGAGGUCAAGGCCUGGCUACAGCUGAAGGGAUUCAGCUCUGUUACCAUUACCAGUCUGGGAGUAUUAACCGGAGCCCAGCUGUUCUCUCUGAAUAAGGAGGAGCUGAAGACGGUGUGUCCAGACGACGGGGCCAGGGUCUUCAGUCAGGUGACCGUCCAGAAGGCUGCUCUGGAG